CACGUCGGCACCGACGUGCCAUUUGGCUCGCACGCGUUUACGGUACCGAUUCCAGCACAGAAGGGAAGAUCCGUUUCGAGGAAAUCCGUGUAGCAGCUAGAUAGAAGAUGCUUCUCGUGUUGGUCUUGUGCUUCUACGUGUGUGUGGGAGAUGCCAUUAACCUCCAGCAGCUGAAUAUCGACCCCGACGGAGUGACGACGUCGGGCAUCUCCUCCGGAGGGGCAAUGGCCAUUCAACUGCACGUUGCUCUCUCGUCCAAGAUCAGCGGGGCGGCCUCCUUCGCCGGCGGUGAGUCUCCAGUCGUUCUCUUCGUAACGAUCAGCGGGGCGGCCGCCUUCGCGGGCGUGCCGUACUACUGCGCGAGGGGAAGCGAACUGUUGGCGAUGACUUGCGCGCUCCUGCCUUUGCUGUUGGACGUCGACGACAUGGUUCAAGACGCCAUCGACUUCCAAGCCGACGGAACCAUCGAUCCUUUGAGCAACCUGGCCGACGAUCGCGUUUACGUCUUCCACGGCACGGAAGAUCCCGUCGUCAACCCGGGCGCCACCUGUGNCGACGACAUGGUUCAAGACGCCAUCGACUUCCAAGCCGACGGAACCAUCGAUCCCUUGAGCAACCUGGCCGACGAUCGCGUCUACGUCUUCCACGGCACGGAAGAUCCCGUCGUCAACCCGGGCGUGUCGGAGGUCAUCGUGGAGUUCUACUCGGCAUUCAUGAGCCCGGACAGGAUCGAAACGAUGUUUAAUCUUGCCGCCGGCCACGGAUUCCCGACGGAAGAUUACGGAAUAAGCUGCAGUAGCACCGGUCCGGAUUUCAUCAACGACUGUGAUUACCACGGCGCUUUCGAGUCUCUCAACGCUCUAUACGGUGGCGGCCUCGUGAAACCUCAAGGCAAGCGGUUGGUGGAUCUCCUGGGCGAGUGGACGACGUUCGACCAGGCGGAGUUCUUCGGCGGGGCCCCCGACGACGCCAGCCUCGCGGAGACGGGCUUCAUUUACAUUCCGUCCGGCUGCCAGGAGGGAGGGAACCUCUGCAAGCUUCACAUCCCCCUGCACGGCUGCCUUCAGAACGAGUUCGGUCGCUGUUCCUUCGCCAGUGCGGUUCACACGCGGCUCGAGUCGGAUUCCCUCGAAGCUCUGGUCGGAGACGUGUACGCCACGAAGACGGGAUACCUCGAAGUCGGAGAACUGAACGACAUCGUGAUGCUGUUCCCUCAGACCAUCUCCAGCCUCUUCUUCCCCACGAAUCCCCAGGCCUGCUGGGACUGGUGGAGCUACACGGACAACCGAUACGCCGAGAAGCCGGGGGAGCAGAUCGAGGGGAUCCGCAAGAUGAUCGACAGGCUCGUCCACGGGUUCAGCGGCGAGCAGGCUCCGAACCCGACGACGGAGUCCAAAGAAGACUGCCUUUAUUUGAAUGUCUGGAUCGGAGAGAACGUGUGGACGAGAUCGACGAAGGUGCCCGUUCUCGUCUUCAUCCACGGAGGAUUCACGAGGGGGAGUUCGACGGUGGGGGAACACGAGGCAUCCCGUCUCGCUUCUCUCACUUCAACCGUCGUUUUCUCCAUCAAUUAUCAGUUGGGGGCGUUGGGGUUCCUCUGUUUCGGGACGACGGAUGCUCCCCAUUCGGCACAACAAUGUUGUAUCAACAUUGAGAUUAGGUUGAAACGUUGA